AUGACUGUCGCGCAACCCUCGGCCUGUCUCCGCUUCGUCCAGCGCAUCUGUCGAGGCUUCCAGACGCAGUCGGGACACGAUGCCUCGACGAUCCCGCAGCUGCGCAUCGUCUCGUCGAUCCCGGGCCGGAUAGACGCCACGUUCCAGAUCGGGCCGCACAACCUCAACCGCCUCGGCACGCUGCACGGCGGCUGCAUCGCCACCCUCGCCGACACCAUGGGCUCGCUCGCCAUCGCAUCAAAGGGCCUCUACUCGACGGGCGUCAGUACCGAUAUCAACACCACCUACGUCAAGAGCGCCGGCGGCAAGGGCGACGAGGUCAAGGUCAGCGGCGAGGUCAUUAGCAUGGGCAGGACCCUCGCUUUCACCAGGAUGGAGAUCAGGCACCCCGUCACAGAAGCCCUGCUCGCCUACGGCAGCCACACCAAGUUUAUCGGCAAGGCCACCCAGCACCCCGAGAAUGUCAAGUUUGACCCGACGGGUGACCAGGUGCUCGAGGGCAAGCAGCCAGAAGAGUGGGCCGACAAGUAG